AUGUCCGGAGUAGCAAUGCGAUCAGGAGACACGUGGAAUGGUGCUAGUAUUGCCACUUGGUGGGCGUUUUCUCAUGUCAUCUUUGCUUCAAUCACCAAGAGCACCCGCAAGGAAAUUGCGAAGAAGACAGGGAAGCCUCUUGCACGUCCCUCUCCACUUGCCUGGGUUGUCACUUCGGCCAGUCUAGCCACUGGUCUGGCGUAUGGUGUCACUCUAUAG